AUGUCAAAAGCAGUUGCAUAUUUGAGGAACAAUUUUGGGAUUUUUGCCGGACAAAGUUUGGUGGGAGCUUCUGGGCUGACGUACGGCAAGGGUUCGCCGCUGGAGUGCGAACGUGACCCGAACCUACUGAGGCCAUUUUUCCAGCAACGAGAAAACGUGGGUGGCACUCUUGCCAAAUACUCCCCCGACAAGUCUGGGUAUAAAUGGAUCGAUGCUGAUUCCAAGUAUCUCGCAUCUCUUGACCCAGAGACUGACUGGGAGGAGAUGGUGAAAACGUUUAUGAACUACCAUGUAAACGAGUUCAUUGCCAACAUCAUCUACUCAGUCACCCUCUUUCUCGUUGUCAUGAACCCCGUCGGCCUCAGCGCCAUUGUCCAUACAAACAAAAUAUUCAACAAAAAACAACAGCGCUUUGAGGACACUCGCGAGUCCUUCCUCUCCCUCUUCGAGUUUGGGCCGAGCAGUCUUAUCCACAGUGAAAACAUGCGUCUCGCCAAACAGCAUCCGGGUAGCUGGGAUCACUGUGAUGACUUUAUCGAGCCCUGCGCCGUUGCUGCGGUGCAAAUGCACAACAUGAUGUGCUUGGCCGGUCUGGCCGGAGAGCUCUAUAAAGGGUUCUUCAUGGAAGGCGGUUCCUUUGUCCCUCUUGAGCGCUUCCCCGCAGAUUUUGACGCUUGCGUCAAGUUCAACGACGACUGGAGCCGUCGGCCUUGGCCGCAGCCCAGCGAGACGGCACGUCGGGCGGGCAAAGCCUUUGCCGAGCAAUUUGAGGAGCAGUGGUUCCCCAAGCCAUUGCGUUUUGUUGGGCGCGCCGUAUUUUGCUCGCUAUUUUCGGAUGAGGCACUUGGUUAUUUUGGACUAGGGUCAAGGAAUGGAGUCGUGAUGUUCUUGUUCAAGGAGACGCUAUGGCUAGUCUCCACAAUCAAGGCGCUGUUGCCUGAUCCGAAGGUGGGCUUGUAUGAAAAGAAUAGGAUGAGAAGGGAAGGGUUACCGUUACCGCAGCCGUCUUUUAGAAAAUAUGGCGUGGGUGCUGCCUGGACAGCUCCUGUCAGCAUCGCACUGUACCACUUGAUUAAGAUAUAG